AAAAAUAGUAUUAUAGGGCGACAAUUUUGAGCCAAUUAAAAACGAGAAAAGAGUGAAAAUAUCGUUGAAAGGUAAAACGCGUGAACAUAAAAUUCAUUUUCGAAAGGUGAAAACUAUAAAAAAAAGAAAAAUUCAUCAAACGAUUCGAAGCUUUUCUUCAGCUGAAAUCUUCAGCUGAUACCUUUUCGCGAGAACGGAGUCAUCUGCUCAGUAAUUUGUUGAGCUCACCUGAUUGUAUAAUUUGGCUCCAGAUUGUGUCAAAAGCGGGCAGCAUUUACACCUGAGUGACCUGCAUAUAAAUGUUAGUCAUCCACUUCUCUGUGAUUUGUCCCCUGCCAGGUGACUUGAAUGGCAUUUCCCAUUCUGGGACUUCACCGUAAAACCCAGACCAACAAAGUCCCGUUGCUAAUGGAGGCCCGUAAUGAAAACGAGCACGUAAUCGACAUUGCAAGCAGCAGCAACCAUUCACCUUCAGUUUCGGCUAACGAGAGGCUGCCAGGUGAUGUCCGCCAACAAUUUAGUGACGAUCAGACUUCCACGAGCUCAAGAAACCCCGUCUAUCAGCCUGCAAUGUUUUCUGCUGGCCCAACUUCAAGAAACUCGUCAGUUGUCCGGAGAGGAAACAGCCGGGCCCGUCAGAGAAGCCCAUUGAAUUCUGCUCUGUGGAUAUCUGUGGAGUUAGUUUUGACAGUCAGCCAGAUUGUUGCGGCUGUUGUGAUUUUGUCUCUGUCCAAGCAUGAGAGCCCGCGGGCCCCUCUGAGGGAGUGGAUCGUGGGAUAUGCAUCUGGUUGUUUUGCCAUUCUUCCUCUUUUGUACUGGCGUUUUAAGCAUCGGAACCAGGUUUCUGAACAGGAAGGGUCCCAGCGUUUGGAUUCUUCGCAGGGUAAUAAUGGUAAUGGUGGGACCAUGACUAGGAGAGUCAUGGAAGGUAGUCAAAUGGAUUCUUCACAGGGUAAUGGUAAUGGUAAUGGUAAUGGUAAUCGUAUGGCAAAUGGUGCAGUUAUCAGAGGCAACCAAAGCAAUGGAUUAUUGAAUUCGAGACUUAAGGUGUUUGUUGAGUACUUCAAGAUGGCUUUGGAUUGCUUCUUUGCUGUCUGGUUUGUGGUUGGCAAUGUAUGGAUUUUCGGAGGACACUCAUCUUCCAAUGAAGCUCCCAACCUGUACACGUUGUGCAUAGUAUUUCUUGCCAUUAGCUGUAUCGGUUAUGCAAUGCCGUUUAUUCUGUGCACCACAAUCUGCUGCUGCCUGCCGUGUAUAAUAUCAGUUCUUGGCUUCAGAGAAGAUUUUGCGCAGAAUAGAGGAGCAACUCAGGAAUCAAUUAAUUCCCUGCCAACUUAUAAAUUUAAAGUAAAGAAAAAUAAAAGCUCCAAUGAUAAGGAGGCAGGUGGAGUCGAGGGUGGGAUAGUGGCUGCCGGGACUGAGAAAGAGCGUGUGGUGUCAGGAGAAGAUGCAGUUUGCUGUAUUUGCUUGACAAAGUACGCGAAUAACGACGAACUUCGUGAGCUGCCUUGCUCCCAUUUCUUCCACAAAGAAUGUGUUGACAAGUGGCUGAAAAUCAACGCGUCGUGUCCUCUUUGUAAAGCCGAAGUUGGCGAGACUAUUUUGAGUUCUUUAACUGAAGCAACUGCAAACUUGCGAAAUAACACUGUAUAAAUUCAUCUGGGGACUAUUCUAAGUAUCUCUGCACGACUCGGUUUUCCUCAAUUGGUACUUCACUGUGGAGAGGGGCUCGAUUCUUAUUGUGUUCGACUUUUGUUGUUGCCCAGAAAAGUUCGCAAGUAUCACUAUGGUUACGAUGAAAUAUGGGUUCCUCGUGUCGUAGCUUUCUGUGUAUAUUAUUCGUCUUAAAUUCCACGAUGAGGAAGAUGAUGUGUAUGAGAGAAAAAAGAUUCAUAUUAUGCAGUUUAUUGUUCAGUGAGGAACAUUAUGAUGUGAAACUGAAAUACAAUUGAGGAUUUCGGUUGGUCUUCUAUUAGACUGCAUAAUGGUUGGACUUUCAUACUACAAAUAUAUGCAUACAUUCAUAUUUAAAUGUCAUACCUAAGGCUGCAAAUGAACCAAGCGGCUCGAGCAUGUUAUCGAGUCGAUCUCGAGC